GGCGGCCCGGUAAUACCGGCGAGGUCGAAUCAAGUUCCAGAACGGGUUAACAAUAUACGACACUUCCGGAACUUUCGGACUGUCUCUGUGUCUUUUGUACAAAAAGUAAAAUGGCUUCAGGAGCAUUAUUUGGCAGUACUGGUCGUUCCCAAAGCAAAAACCUGGUCGAGUUUAGGGCCGGGAAAAUGUUUAUGAAGGGUAAAAUGGUUCAUCCAGAUAAGAGAAAGGGAUUAGUGUAUGUAUACCAGUCGGAGGACGCCCUUAUGCAUUUCUGUUGGAAAGACCGCACCAACGGAACUGUUGAAGACGACCUGAUCAUAUUUCCAGAGGACACAGAAUUCAAACAGGUGUCACAGUGUACCACUGGUAGGGUGUAUGUUCUCAAGUUCAAGUCACCAGCUCGCAAAUUCUUCUUCUGGAUGCAGGAACCAAAGACCGACAAAGAUGAUGAGUACUGUAAGAAGGUGAAUGACAAUUUAAACAACCCACCCACCCCAGGCUCCAGUAGAGGGGGAGGUCUGGCGUCCGGACUGCCCUCAGAACUCAGCGGACUCGGAGAACAAGACCUGCAGAGUAUCUUGGGUGGAAUGAGUCAGCAACAGUUCAUGCAGCUGAUAGGUGGGAUGGGGAUGGGAGGUCCAGGAGGAGGGUUGUCUGCUCUGAUGGGAGGACGACCCAGCAGUGCUCAGUCGACCGCUUCAGAACCGCCUAUGAGGGUGCAGUCUUCCCCAGGAACCAGAGGGAGUGGGGGAGGGUCUGAGUCCUCCCAGCGACCAGUGACGGCGGCAGCCCUGCCCUCACAAACCCCUCCAACCACUGCUGCACAACAAUCUUCUGGUGGCGCCACCACUCCUAGACAGGCAAUCCGACUCAGCGAUUUACAGAACAUACUCUCAACCAUGAAUGUGCCAGCUGGACCAUCAAAGGACCAAGUGGACCUUGUCAGUGCUCUGAAUCCGGAGUCAAUGAUUCCUAUUCUGGCCAAUAAGGAUGUACAGGAGAGACUGAUCAAGUUUCUGCCAGAAGGGGAAUCCCUUCCAAAGACAGAGGCAGAGCUCAGAAACACUGUACAGUCUCCGCAAUUCCAACAGGCGCUGUCAUCCUUCAGCGCUGCCCUGCAGUCUGGACAGCUGGGCCCGCUGAUGUCACAGUUUGACCUGGGAGAGGACGUGGCUAAUGCUGCUGCACAAGGAGAUUUGGAUGCUUUCGUAAAGGCUAUGCAGGAACAGCAGAAAAAGAAGAAUGAGAAAGGAGAAAAGAAAGAAGAAACUAUGGAUACUGACUAGAUACUGCCAAAUUAUUCAUAUCAAAUACAUGUAUUGUGAGCAGUGCAUAGAUAUAGGUUUGCUAAGUAUGAAUUCUUAUUGUAAUUAAAAGAUUAUUGUUUGAUUGAAAUAAAGGUCCAUUAUCAGAG